AUGAUUCGCUGCCAAAAAGAAUUUUGGAGAACACCUGAGCCAAUAUUAGCGACCUCAAUUGAUCCAAGGUGGAAGUGGUUUAAGAAUUGUCUGGGAGCAUUAGAUGGAACAUAUAUAAGAGUGCAUGUACCUGAAGCUGACAAACCAAGGUAUAGAACAAGAAAAGGAGAGAUUGCAACUAACGUUUUAGGAGUUUGUUCACAAGACAUGCAAUUUAUAUAUGUUCUACUAGGCUGGGAAGGUUCAGCACACGAUGGGCGUGUAUUAAGAGAUGCUUUAGCUAGGAGAAAUGGUUUGAGAGUCCCUAAUGGUUAUUAUUAUUUAGUUGAUGUUGGAUAUACCAAUGGUCAAGGUUUUCUUGCACCUUUUAGAGGAACACGAUAUCAUCUUAAUGAUUGGAAUGAUGGACACCUUCCAAACACAGCAGAAGAGUUCUUUAAUAUGAAGCACUCAAGUGCUAGGAAUGUUAUUGAGCGUUGUUUUGGAUUGUUGAAAAUGCGAUGGGCUAUUCUCAGAAGUCCAUCUUUUUAUGACAUGAAUACACAACGGCGUAUAAUAUCUGUUUGUUGCAUGCUACAUAAUUUUAUUAGAAGAGAAAUGAGCAUAGAUCCAGUAGAAAAUGAGAUGAAUAGUGUACAAAGAAAUCACCCCACAACAGAUAAUAAUUAUAUUAAUAGUAUCGAGUCUUCAGAUUUAUGGACUACUUGGAGACAAAAUUUGGCAGAAGAAAUGUGGAAUACAUGGCAGGGAACUAGAUGA